UCACUGCGGACGUGACGAUCAGAUAAGAUUGGAAAUGAUUCUGGACCGUGAAUAUUCUCUGGAGGUAAAACCAUAUUUACUUAGCAUGAAAAGCGUUACAUUAUAACUUUAGACGCGCAUUUAUUUCGUUUGAACGCGGCCCCAUCCUGGAGUGACGAUAUUGUGCGAGAUUCGAGGAGAAAAGAGCGUUUCCAACUCGGUCCGUUUCUGCUGCCUGUUGCUCAGCUGCGUCUGAAGAAAACCAGCAUCGAUAAGCGUCGGAUUUGUCUCCACCUGAAAAAUGCCACGGGAUCACAAGAAGUCUCUCAUUCAGAGAAUAGCCAGCCAAGCCAAUAUCACAUUUAAAGAUUUCAAUGCAUCCGCAAUUGGGGACAACAAAGUAUUAUCGGACAACCGGGGGGAUCUAAUCACCCUGCUGACGGAAGUCAGGACUGCAGACCUGAAGAUGAAACCGAACGGCUCCCAUUCCGAUCACAACCCACCUGUCACGUACAUGCACAUCUGCGAGACGGAGUCGUUCAGUAUGGGGGUGUUUCUACUGAACAGCGGGGCUUCCAUCCCGCUCCACGACCACCCCGGUAUGAACGGGAUGCUCAAGGUUCUAUACGGGAAAGUCAGUAUCAGGUGUUUUGACCUGUUGGAUAAACCUUCGGACCAGGUGCAGAGUGAGACCCAGUUCGACCCUCCGCUGCUGCCGUUCCAGAAGGACUCUCUGCGGCGGGCUGUGCUCCGGUCGACCAUGUGGUUCACCCAUGACAGUAGUCCGUGUAUCUUAACCCCGCAGAGGGAGAACCUGCAUCAGAUCGACACGGUGGAUGGACCGGCUGCUUUCCUCGACAUCCUGGCACCUCCGUAUGACCCUGAAGAUGGGAGGGACUGUCAUUAUUAUAAAGUCCUACAGACUGUUCCCGACGCAGACAGUAAGUUAGAGGCGCAGCAGCCGUGGGAGGAAGAGACGUGGUUACUAGAGAUAGGCCAGCCUGAUGGCUUCUGGUGUGAGGGUGAACCAUACCCCGGGCCCAAGGUUUCCUUCUAAUGUCGGUGUUGUAAAGGCAGGGAUACCUGUGACCAAAUAGGGGCGGCUGGAGGACUUUCAAAAGACUGAAUCACUGUGACUGGGACAUGAGAUGGAUCAGGUGAAUGAACUGCAGGUGGAUAAUGUCUCUGGGCUGGAGGACUUUCAAAAGACUGAAUCACUGUGACUGGGACAUGAGAUGGAGCAGGUGAAUGAACUGCAGGUGGAUAAUGUCUCUGGGACAUGAGAUGGAGCAGGUGGAUAAUGUCUCUGGGACAUGAGAUGGAGCAGGUGGAUAAUGUCUCUGGGACAUGAGUUGGAGCAGGUGAAUGAACUGCAGGUGGAUAAUGUCUCUGGGACAUGAAAUGGAGCAGGUGGAUAAUGUCUCUGGGACAUGAGAUGGAGCAGGUGGAUAAUGUCUCCGGGACAUGAGUUGGAGCAGGUGAAUGAACUGCAGGUGGAUAAUGUCUCUGGGACAGAGGCCUUUUGUUUAAGUGUUGAACUUUCUCCUGUAAACUUCCAGAUAAGAUGUCUUCAUCCUGAACAGACUCAGAAACUUCCUAUGCUCUGAACACCAUUUGUUUGUAACUGAAAAUAUGAUAUGCCUUGUGUGAAUAUUGAAUGUAAACUUUGAAAGCAUU